AGCAGCAGCAGCAGCAGCAGCAGCAGCAGCAGCAGCAGCAGCAGCAGCAGCAGCAGCAGCAGCAGCAGCAGCAGCAGCAGCAGCCAGCAGCAGCAGCAGCAGCAGCAGCAGCAGCAGCAGCAGCAGCAGCAGCAGCAGCAGUGCGGGAAAAGCCGCAGCAGAGCUGCCUCUGCACUCCCCAGCACCCAGGCCUCGAAACCCCGAGCGCCCAGGGCUCACGCGUAGCGUUUAGGGUUUAG